CACAUAUUCAGGUGUGACCGGUGCAACAGGUAAAUUAGCGUGAGCUUUAGGAGUAACAAACUCAAUGUUCCUACCUUGUGUAAAUAUUUUUAUGUCAGACAAAAUAAAUCCAGAGUGCUUCAAGACAUCCUAAAAGGACAAAUAGCGUGAGUAAAUUCCUGUCUUUCUCUCGUGGGUGGAGCAGCGAGACGUGCACAGCUGUUUCUAAUUCUGUUUGAGGAUAUUUAACCUGCACCUUGGCAGCUCGAUGGCACUUGGCGAUUCAACCCUUUGUCUACACUCCGAGAUCUUCCAUGUACUUUGCUACGCGUAUUCCUGAUUGCUCCUGGUGGCAUCCAGCCCGCGUUUUAGUUUGAUAGUUGCACGUCUUGCAAACUCCAGCCUAAGUUCAGUUCGAAUUUGAUAGUUUUUUGUUGUUUUUGUCACGAAGCCCUUUUUGAGUUUACCUUUUGUUUCGUCGUCCUUAGUUCUGUCCUUUAUGGAGCACCCUUAGUUGAAGGGACGUGACCCCGCCCCCUGCGUGCCUAGCAGCCAAUCAGAAGCCCCGCUGUGAUAAUCCGCAGGCAUAAAUGGCUGUGACACGACCACAUCUGCUUCCCACCAAAGUCCAAGUCUGUUGUUCUUCAACAAGUAGUCAGCCUUCAAUGCAAAACAGUGAUGGAACACUCAAAACAAGCCCAGUACACUUCGAGUGAACACUCGAAGCCGGCUCAGUACACUUCGAACGACAAGAAAGACAACGAGGACGGCAGCUCCGUGCUCAACGGACACUUUGACGGGAUGGUGAGAAGGCCACCUGCUGCUUCCCUGACUCCGGCCACCGAGGGCGGCUCGGACCGGGCGACGGUGAUGGAGAGCUGGAAGGAGGAGCGCACCAGGAGCGUGGAGGACAACGAGAUAAGUCUUCCGUCCCUGGCCGCCGCUUACACUACUAUCCUGAGGGGGCUCGGGGAAGACCCGCAGCGGCAGGGGCUCGUCAAAACUCCGUGGAGAGCCGCCACCGCCAUGCAGUUCUUCACUAAAGGCUACCAGGAAACUAUCAUUGAUGUGCUCAACGAUGCCAUCUUUGAUGAGGACCACGACGAGAUGGUGAUCGUCAAAGACAUAGACGUGUUCUCCAUGUGCGAACAUCACCUGGUGCCCAUCAUUGGCAGGGUCCACAUUGGUUACCUCCCCAACAAGCGCGUCCUGGGCCUAAGCAAGCUGGCCAGGAUUGUUGAGAUCUACAGCCGCAGACUACAAGUCCAGGAGAGAUUGACUAAGCAAAUUGCUGUGGCCAUCACAGAAGCGCUGCAACCAACUGGGGUCGGCGUUGUCAUGGAAGCCACUCACAUGUGCAUGGUGAUGCGAGGUGUCCAGAAGAUGAACAGCAAGACCAUCACCAGCACCAUGCUGGGAGUUUUCAGAGAAGAUCCCAAAACCCGUGAUGAGUUUCUAACGCUAAUCAGGAGCUGAAGUUCCUCCUCCGCCUGUUGCUAACGGUUGUCUCCGUUUGCACAGGCCAACUGAUGUGCACCUGUGUAUGUGUGUCCAACUAUGUUGCCUUUUUAAAACUAAAAAGUACAGUAGAUCCCCUGGGAGUCUUGAACGUAACCCCCGUAAAUAACUUCUAACAAACACGACUGUCGUUGAAUAACGGAGGUCUCACUCCCAUGUCGUUUUGCACCACAAAAAAGUGAAACAAUUCUUGGGUUGGAGGUUUGCAUAUACCCUAUUUCCUUGAAUUGCCGCCGGGGCGCUAAUUAAUUUAAAACAUCUUCUCACUCCUGCGCUUACCAAAGGCAUGCGGUAAAAGUAAGCAUGCGCUAAUUAAUUUAAAACCUCUUCUCACUCCGGCACUUAUCAAAGGCAUGCAGUAAAAAUUUGAGUGUGAUGUAAGCUUGGACCUUAAAUCCUACUGAAUAGCUCUUAAUCUUCUUCCCUUUAUGCAAUUUCAAAUUACCGGUAUUGAAAUCAGCCUCCUCCAUUUUGAAAAUGAUGACAGGGGAAGUGUCACUCGUGACGUCACGAGUUUGACCAGGCGGUAAUACUAAGCAAGCGCUAUUUAUUUUGCGAGGCGGGUUUGACCAGGCAGUAAUUCAAGGCAGGCGCAUACUAAAUGCCCUGUGGCAAUUCAAGGAAAUACGGUAUAUAUAUAUAUAUAUAUAUAUAUAUAUAUAUAUAUACACAUACAUACAUGCCUUCCUCUUUGAGUAAUGUCCUGAGAAUACAAAGACCUGCAUGGAUGAGGCUACUAACAUGAUCAUGUAAAACAGGCCUGGGCAAUUCUUUUGACUCGAGGGGCCAUAUUUAGAGAAAAAAUGUGUCUGGGGGCCGGAGUAUCUAUUUCUAGGAACACUUAUACAAAACCUCACAAUAAUGUCUGAUUGAAUGCUAAAAACGUUAUGACAGACCACCUUAAACGGAAUGGAAUUUCAUUUUUUUUUUUUACUGAAUGAAACACCCAGAGAAAAUAAAGAAUGUGGGAUUUACAAUAUUAACUAUGAAUGAUAAAACACUGAAUAUUGACAACAUAUGAACGUCACACCCCCUCUCCAUCCACAUAUUUUACAAUCAAGCGAAACGAAUCAAAAAUCCAACAAAGAAGGCUAAAUACGAACGUGAAGGGUAAAAAACCCCACCUAUAAUCUGAUGUAUCUGAUAUAUCACUAAGCUUGAAACUUUGUUGUAAAAAUCUCCUUUGGCGUCUGUCCCUGACCCCCACAUUUCAGGUUGACAGCUCUGGAAAAGCUCUGUGGAAACACUUCCCACCCACACUGCUUGGUGCCCCGUCUUAGCUGCUGUGACUUAGAUGACCACAGUAACUAAAUAGAUGACCAUAGCAACUAGUAUAUUAUGCAAAAGUGCAGAUUCCAACCAUUGAAAUACUUUGCAUAGUUCAAGACAUACGGUCAUUUGAAAACAUUACUGCACAUCAUAAUGGCAGCUAUAGUUUCCAUCUUAAACAUCUAAAAAAAAAGAUUUGGCAAUGUCCGGUGGGCCAGAUUGAAAUGCUUAACGGGCCUCAUGUGGCCCCCCGGGCCUUAAUUUGCCCAGGUCUGAUCUAAAACCUAUAACAUGCCUCUAGAAAGUAUUAAACACAUUUUUAAUUCAGUAUUAUGCACACAAAAAAUACAGGCACACAGUAUACAAUAUUGUACACAAAACAUGCAGUUACAUCACAGUGUCAAAGCACCUUUACGCUGGUGAGACAGCACACUCUUUUUUUUUUAAAUCUAUUUUCCGUUGUGUAUAGUGCUAUCAACCACUUUCUAUUAAGUUAACACACAAAAACCCUCAAUUGUUUACAAUUCAAAGCAGAGAAAAUACAUUUUGACUGCGGGGAUCUACUGUACAUACAUUACUGAUGAGGUUUGUUAGGUCAAAUUGUGGGACUCCAUAAAUGUAGUAACUUGUGGGGUUUAAAUUCUUCCUUAAGUAAGCAUUUAUUGCCUUGUUGACAGUUAUGGUGAGUGUUGGUGUGUGUUUUCAACUCAAGAGGAUCAAGUGCUCUUGACUUGGAUUAAGUUACAGUAAUACAUAUUUCUCUCAUUUUA